GCUUUUUCGCGGCAAAAUGAAAUCUCGAGUGACAGCGAGCUUAUUUUGAUUGUUUUGCGCAGUUUGGGGACCUCGUUUGAAGCUGCGAUAAAGAACGCGUGAUUGCGCAGCAUUCGCAGGGGCGCGUCGUUUGUUGUGUCUCGGCGGUGACGAGCUUCCGAGCUAAGCAAAGCCGUCGGUCGCCGCAGCGCGGGAUUUACCAGCGCUGGCUCCGUUUGCUUCGCUGUGAAAACUCCCCUUUCCUUCGAGCUUGGCGAGCCAUUCUGCGCGUUUUUAAAAAGUGAUGGCGUCGGUAACCCACGAGAGCAUAAGGUCCGAGUUGAAGCUGUUCGACGUAGCCUGCAACGAUGACGCCAUACUGGACAAGAUGUUGGAACAGUGCAUAUGUAACAGACUGCAGGGUCAUGAGAUCGUGCUGGAGUGGGUGGCCUACAGCAUGACUAAAAAUGGACUGAAACUCAGCACUGACACCUUGGACCAAUUUGAACAUGAGAUUUUAAACAAGAGGAACAAAUCCAAGCAAAGCAUGAGAAGGGAGGAAGUACAUAACAGGACCAGGGACAUCCACUCUAUCCAAGAACUAAUCAAAGCGGAAGAAGAGGAGGAGAGUUUGCUAGAUUCUUACUCCACUACUAAGGGAUCACAGAAGCGUGCUCUGACCACCCCGGAGCGCCCCAAUUCAAAGAGGAGUGUACCUAUGCUGACCAGUCCAGGUCUACUGCUGUCCCCAGCCAGCUUCUCCCCAAGUGUAACCCCCUCACAGAAAUACAGCCAGCGUGGAGCAAAGGGGGAGGUGGUGGCCACGUUUGGGGCAGCUGAGGCCAGCCACUGGGCAGGAAAGAAGGACCAGGGGCCCCGGAUCCAGCUGGACCUCCUGGAGGGCCCUGAAGAGACUCUCCGCGGCAGCUACAAGUAUAUGUUCCAAAGAUCACGGGACGUUCGAAAUGUGUUGACAGAAAAGAUCGAGGAGUUGGGGGAAGGACUGAAGUCUCACUUCAACAUAGAGGAGUUCUCCCCCGUCUCGCUGCCUGCUCAGGACAGAGUGACUGUAAUGGGUCAGGUGUGCUGCGACAGCAAUGGCAAACUGAAUGCACAGUCGGUUCUGUUGGAGGCAGGACCAGAGCAAGGUGGUCAGCAAGUUCCUGUGGACCUUUCAGAGCUCAGAGAAUAUUCCCUGUUCCCUGGUCAGGUGGUGGUCAUGGAGGGGAUGGACACGACAGGAAGGAAGCUGGUGGCUUCUAAACUUUAUGAGGGAAUCCCUCUUCCCUUCUACACCCCUGAGGUGAAGCAGGAGAUGGAUGAAUUUCCAGAGCCAGUGAGUGUUCUAGUGGCCUGUGGACCGUACACUCCCUCUGACAGCCUGACCUUUGACCCUCUGCUGGAUCUGAUCACGGUCAUAGUCAGGGACAGCCCUAGUGUCUGCUUGCUGCUUGGACCCUUUGUGGAUUCUAAACAUGAACAGAUUGAGAAAGGCCAGGUGACAGAAACGUUUGAGGACAUUUUCUCCAGGUGUGUUGAGAGCAUUGUGGAGGGCACCAAAAGAGUUGGCUGUCAGCUGGUGUUUGUUCCCUCCCAUAGAGACGUCCACCAUCACUUCGUGUACCCACAACCCCCAUUCACCCUGCCAAACCUCAGCAAGGACCAGGCCCAGCGUGUGACCCUGGUCCCUGACCCCUGCACCCUACUGAUCGAGGGUGUGAGCUUUGGCUUGACCUCCACUGACAUCCUGUUUCACAUGGGCGCUGAGGAGAUCAGCUGUGCUACGGGAAUGGACCGAUUCUCACGCAUCCUGAAGCACAUGCUGACCCAGAGAAGCUACUACCCGUUGUAUCCACCUGUGGAGGAGGUGAACAUGGACUAUGAGAAGUUCCAGUGUUAUGGCCAAAUGCCGCUCACUCCGGAUGUUCUCAUCGUUCCAUCUGAGCUCCGCUAUUUCAUUAAGGAAGUGAUUGGCUGCGUAUGUGUCAAUCCUGGACGGUUGACCAAGGGGCACGUGGGCGGAACCUACGGCAGGCUGCUCGUCCAACGCCGCGCCUUAUCGGAGGGCGGAAAGAGAGUCAGUCCCUGUUUGGCUGGUCAAGUGGUGAAGAUCUAGUGAUAACAGACUAAAAUACUUCUUAUAACCAGAAAAGAGCUGAUAUUAGCUGAUGUUUUUGUACUAAGUUUGUAUACCACCUACAUCACAGAUGCUCUUGACUUGGUUGAAAUGAUCACAUAAGACUCGGUGGCUCCAGUCUGCCCUCUCUUAGGCAUGCUGGUAUUAAGAUAUCCAUGGAAAUGCCUGGUACCACACCAUCAGAUUCAGUUCAGUCAUUUUAUUUUGUACAUCAGUGGAUGGCGUUGGCUGGCCUGCUCAGCCGGUAUGUUCUCUGUAUGAUUGUCUUAUCGAUUCAGACAGUACAGCUGUCAACUUCUUGUCCCUCAAUAAAUUAUUUUCUCUCCCUCUGUUCUGUGCGUCCUCGGAUAGACCAGCUAGAGAGGGAUGUUAAGCUUUUGUUUAAGCAUACGUCCCAUAUGUCAAAAAUCCUUUCCUACAUGACCCAAAAAUUUCUUGUUCCUGCGGGCGAGUGUCCCUCAUGUGGAGGAGAUAAGCUGCUUAAGACGUCACUUUCCCCUCUGGACGACAUUCGAGAAUUCUUCCUUCAGGUAGUAAACAAACACUGGAUCAUCCCGGGACGUAUUUGAAAGAGUCAUGCACUCUCGGGAUGAUCAGUGUUAAUAACUGAAAAUUUUGGGUUCUAUUUGUAGAAAAACUAGAAACUUAAAUCAAUCGCUUUAAAUUUGAUGGCCACCGCUCCCUGGGUACACCCUGACCUAUUUAGGGGACGUCUGACGCCUUGGGUUCAUCCGGUUUAUCUCUGAUCCCUAAAACGUUUCCCAAACAUUU